AUGUCUAGAGUUUCUUUGCUGAAAGAUAUCCAUGAAGGUACUGAUAGGUGGAGAGUCAUUGUGAGGGGGAACAGGAUCCAAGCAAGUGUUUUAAACAGGAACUUGCUCCCUCUAUACAAGGAUGCUCCAGUGGAAGGAAAUACCUACUUUUUUACCAACUUUGAGGUGUCUCCUAAUGUGAAUCAGUACAGGGCGACGGAAAACAAAUGGAAGAUAACAUUCACUCAACAAACUUACAUGAGGGAGCAAGGUGGGAAUAUUCCGCAUGAUGCCUACUCUUUUGUUCCACUUCCAGAGAUUGUUAAGUGUACUGAAAGGAAUCAUUUGGAGUAUCUGAUUGAUGUGGUGGCAUUCGUCCAAUCAAUUGGAUCUCUUGAAGAGUAUCAAAAGGAUAAUGAAACGAAGCACAAGUUGCGGAUGGUUUUAGUUGAUGAGGAUGAGAUUGAUGUGGAGUGUGUCUUAUUUGAUGAAUGCUCAACAAAUGCAUACACGGCUUAUUUGGAGAACAUGGAGAACCCAGUUGUUGUGGUCAUUAAUUUGGCUAGGGUUGGAUUCACUGAUGAUGGUCGUCCUCAGCUAUGCAGUUCAUUUAGUGCUACUCGAGUAUAUUUUAAUCCAAAGCUGGCAGAGGUUAGAAAACUUAUUGAAAGGUCCAAAGACAAAUUCUCACCUUCUCUGACUGUGCUAAGCCAGCAGAUCCCAUCUCAAUCUUCUCAACCUUCUGCUUCAGCAAUGAUGCGCAAUAACAGGAGGAUGAAUAUAUCUGACAUUGAACAUGAAGCAAGAGAGGAGGCAUUCAUUAUUAACUGCAAGGUCAUUAAGCUAGAGACUCGCCAUGGUUGGAGUUAUGAUGGGUGCUCAAAGUGUGCAAGCAAGCCUAAGGAGGAGAAUGGUUCGCUGCACUGCUCUAACUAUAAAAAGAAACCUCAAUCCGUCGAGCCUAAAUUGAAGGUACACUAUGUUGUGGAAGAUCAAUCUGGGAAAACUUCUGUAAUCUUCUGGGACAAGUUAGUUGUGCAAUUGUUCAACAAGAAUGCAACUGAAAUAAAGCUAACACUAGAGCAGUCAGGGAUGGAGGAAAUUGAUGAAGGUAGUUCAACAGCUGAGAUGAGUCCACCUCUUGGGCACUCAACUCCUACUGCACCUGAUAAUUCUGAGAGCCUGACGUUAGCUGAAAUAAGUAACCAAGCAUAUGGAUUUGGUGUUCUUAUAAAAGGCAAAAGGAAGACUGUUUCCAAGAAGUCUUCUGUUUUUGUGGAUCAUGUCAACAAUAUCAAUGACCCCUCAUCUUUAAAGGACCUGGGAAGGAUUGUGAAGGUCAAGCAGGAGAAGAAGUAG